UUCAGCUGCCACUCCAAUGAACGACUCUUUCUGAAGGACUUAGUACAGUGCACCCCUGGUUCAAGUGGUGGUCGUCUGUCACGUUGGCUGCAGCCGGAAUCGUAUGUAGAUCCAGCACGAUGUGAGGUCCUGUAUAGUCGGGAUGACAUGCGUUGUGGCUGGCCAGCAAUUGUUACUGUACUGACCCGUGACCAAUACGGGGAUUUAGUACAUGUUCCAAAUCUUAGGGUUGAGGUGAAAGCAGUUCCUAUUGACAAAAAAGAACUAGGAAGCAGUGACCAGGGUCGCAAAAUGCGUCGAAUAAGUCAACCUGAUGCACUAACGUUUGGUGGUCAUGCACAUCCAACCCUUGAUGUACCCUAUGAGGUGACAGUGAAAGAUAAGAUGUGCUACUAUGCCAUCAGUCUGAUGAAGGCAUAUGAAAAUUACUCAUUUGAAGAACUGCGGUACACAUCACCUGCAGUAAAACGUUCAAGCGAGAAUAUGCUGGUACGGCCAAAUGGUGAUGGUACAUAUAGUGCUACAUGGACUCCAGGAAGUGUUGGUUGGUACUCAGUCCUUGUAACCAUUGAUGGUUAUGAUAUGGAGGAGGCAUAUAAAGUUGAAGUCAAGGAACCACCUCAGGGCAUGACACCACCAACACAGAGUGUAGUGAAAAAGGCACCACAUCAGCCCAGCCGACUCAGGAAAUUUGUUGCUAAAAAUAGUGCUGGGCUGCGAAUCCGUGCUCAUCCUUCUCUACAGAGUGAGCAAAUUGGUGUGGUACACGUAAAUGGAACUAUUGCUUUUGUGGAUGAGAUCCAUAAUGAUGAUGGUGUAUGGCUUCGGCUAAGUCAAGAUACAGUCCAGCAGUACUGUAGCCAUGGGCAUGGUGAGGCAUGGUGCCUUCAGUACAACCAGCACCUAGGGAAGACAUUACUUCUUCCUGUUGAGGAGCCUAAAUCCAUUCUUGACCAAGUUUUUAAAGAAACAAUAAUGAGGAAGUUGCCAGAUGCUGCACCAAAGGAAAUAAAAUCUUUGACACACUUUUCAAUUUUCAGAGCUGUCAAGUCAUCAUCUUGUGGCCCAGGAGAAUACCAAGUGGUAAAAUGUGGAGCAUCAGGUCAUAAUGUUCGAGCACGACCAAGCUUGAAAGCACCUCCAGUAGGCAUGCUUGUUCUUGGGAACCAAGUCACCGUUAUCAAUCAUGUUGUAAAUGCUGAGGGGACGUGGGUGCAGCUCGACAAGGAAACUAUGAGGAAAUUCUGUUUCAAUACAGAUGGUGAGGCUUGGUCUCUGGCACUCAGCAGAACUGACGUAAUUUAUCUGAAAAAGGAAGGUCAAGUGGACAGUGAACAAAUGGAAAUGCAGUCACAUACCACAGAAAAUAUAUUUUCUUCUCCGAAGCGAGGAUUUGAUUUUUCACAAAACACUAGUUCUUCACUCUUUAGUAGCUCAGAGGGCGCAGGAUUCAACUUUGCCUCACCAUUACCAUCAAGCAAGGAUUCAUCUGCUCCUGGAUCAUCAGCAAGCAGCACAAAUCCAUUUGUCUUUGGCUCUACAUCUUAUUUAGAUACCAAAGUGAUGACUGUGGUCCAGCCAGUGAAACCUGCAGUGGUAGAAGGACAACCGGUAGUGCAAGACAGACUCGAAGCAAAGGCUACUAGUUCAGUCACAGCACUACAGUCUUCAAAUGACCUCACUAGAGAGCAUGAGAAAGAAAAGGAGAAGGAAAAAGAGAAGGACAAAGAGAGUAGUAAGUUUGCUGCUUUGCAGAAGUGGCUGAAGGGUGAGGAGGGUCGUCAUACAUCAGAGAAACGAGGCUCACCAGGAAGGGACUUGCCACCUGAAUUAGCUGGGGUAUCAGUGAAAGACCUAGUGAAGGCAAUUGGUGAGAGUCGUGCUAAUGGAAAUGGUGUUACACCCCCUGGCACUCCACGCAGAACCUCACGCAGUUCAAGUCCGAAGGCCAGUGCACCAGGAACUGUGUCACCACGCCUAAGCCGCAGCUCGAGCCCCGUUCCAAUUCCAGCGUUGCUGAGCAGACAAUCUUGCGUCGGCACUCGCUCUGUUACCGUGCCAUCUGGCAGUGGUACAGUCUUAGCAGGUGGAAGACUGUUACCACACGAAAGUUCAAGCAGCAGUCCCCAGCCAUGUGGCUCUCCUCGUAGCAUGGGCAUCUCUUCACUGGCAUCAGGGAUCACAGCAGAGUCCCAAUCACAUCGUCGAGGCUCGACGCAGAGUGACACAAGUGCUCUGGUUAGCAGUCUCACAAGAGACCUGUCGCAAUCACCAAGUGGAGCUACAACAACUGCAGGCACAGGGACAGGCACAGGAACCCGUGAUCUCUCACCGAGUCCAUCAGGCAGCUCUUUACACACACGCUCUGAAGGUAGCCCAAACAGCACACCUGGUACACCAAGAAGAAAUGAGCAGGAUUCUCUGUGUUCCACACCAAACCCUAGGGCCAUGACCCAGACAGGCACUCAAACAAGUCCAGAUAGUGGCAGUGGAAGUGGCAGUGCACCUAGUAGCAUCAAAAGCCACUUUACUAUUGGUGCCAGUGGUCGUUCUUCAAAGGAGGAACGCCUUUCACCCAAACUUUCACGCAAAGAUCGCAAUUCUGUUAGCAGCAAGAGCCGGAGUAGUAAACGUGCAAUGUCACCCGCUCCAUCACAGGUUCCUCUGGGUGCUGUUAAUCGUGAUCAUCAUCGACCAAGCUUGACACUGACCAGCAAAGAGCCAGUGAAAGAAGCUGUGAGCCCAUCAGUAGCUGAGGCAAUGCGUGCAAUUUUUGCAGCUUUCCUGUGGCAUGAAGGCAUUGUACAUGAUGCUAUGGCUUGCGCUUCUUUCCUGAAAUUUCACCCAAGUCUGCCUAAGCAAGGUGCCUUAGUAGUAACACGGCAGCCUGUUGGAAGUGGUGGAGGAGGAGGUGCUGGUGGGCCAGGAUCAGAUGGCAGACCUAAGUCAGAGCUCACGAAAGAGCAACGAGCACGCCAAAGGCACUCCGUUGAAGUUAGCACAGCAGGGACAUAUUUACAAAUACAACCAUCCACUCUUGAAACUCUAACACGCUCUGCUGCCAAUGCUAAUGCAAAUAGGAACAGAGCCAAAAAGCAACUUCAGCUGCAGCAGCAGCAGCAGCAGCAGCAACAACAACAACAACAGCCGUCAGAACCACUGCUACAAGGAGAAAACGCUAUAAAGGAGGAGACAAGUACUGUACCACCCUCGGCUACUGGAGGUGAAGGUUCAAAACUUGCAGCUCUGCCAGAAACCACAUUUCACACAGUUGCUGUCUUACCUCCAGCUCUUAAAUCACUGGUAUUUCUGUGGGAAGAAUUGAGUGCCAGUUGCCUGCCUGCAUUCCAACAGCAGCUUAUGCUCCCUAGUCCAUCAGUUCCUAUACGACCAGUGAAACGACAGAUCUGCACAUCAGGUUCUGCACUGUCAAACAGGCCUACUCAUAGCGGUAGGGAAGGUCGAUCUGAUACUGAAAGGAAAGCAGGACGCAAGAAGAAUGCUUUAUCUUCAAGACUGAAUAUUCUUGGGGAUGCUGGAGUUGCUGCUGGGCCAUCAGUGGAACGUGAAACUGUUUGUGAGUUGUGUGGAAACACAUUCCCACACCCAGUCACAUACCAUAUGCGCCAGGCUCACCCAGGCUGUGGUGGUCCUGCUGGAGGAAUGGGCUACAACAGUGGUGGCAACUUCUGCAUGGGAUGGGCUGGAAACUGUGGUGAUGGUGGAGUUGGUGGUAGCUCUUGGUAUCUUGUGUGUGAUACUUGUCGUGACAAAUAUCUUCGGUCUAGAAAACAAAGUAAAGAUAGAUCAAGCAGCAAGAAGGGCUGUUUGGGCCGAAGGAAGCCCGUACCAUCAACAUCAGCUCCCUCAAGAUUGACAUCUCCUGCAGGCAGUAGUGGUGGUUCAAUGCAGGAGACCCAUGUUAUAAUGAAAAACAAUGCAAUGUUUCUGCUGGAGCUAGCCAGUGCAGGAGGUACAGGCCUGCAGCAGCGUCGACCAUCAAUUGUGGGUGCAGGAAUGCCCUCAGUUGCUGAGAACUACAGUCCUCCUGAGUCAUCAGGGCCCUUUCCUCCAGCAGGGCCAUUUCAGUGUUUACAGGCUCUGGGCAUUCACCCAUCUCAUCAGCCACAAGAUGAUACACCUGUGUCUUUUCUCGAAGAAUCUCUUAGAAGACAAAAUGGGGCAGUGACGGGUUUUAAUGGUGGCACAAAUGGCUUUCUUUCUGGCAGGCCUGUUUCAGAAGGUCCUCUUAGUGAUAAUGAGAGUGAAAGUAGCAGAAAUCGAACAUUCCAUCGCUCUAUAUCUAUGGGUACAAAUGGAGCACCGUGGAGCAGACGAGAAGGGGAUGGUCGCAUAAUUAUGAUGCGGAAACGUAACAACAGUAGUGGUGAAAUGAUUAGUGAUGGUGGUUCCUCAUUAUUAUGUUAUCCCUCGGCAGCACUACAAAAGUUAGUUCCUAGUAUAGAUCAGUCAGCAAUUGUGUCACUGACCAAAACAGAACAAGCAAAAGGUAGCCUUGAUCUUCUGAACCGUCCAAUCAUGAUGUUCCUGUUUCAGCAGCAUAAUCUCGAUUAUAUGCAGCUUGCAAUGAGGCAAGCUUUACGUAAAGCUACUUGCAGAGUCUAUGCAAUGCAGGCACUCAACUGGUUACUACGCACUGUAACUCAACCCACAAGUUUGCACGAUCUGCUCUGGUGGUUUGUAGCAGCCCUGACACCAGUUCCAACAGACAUGGAGAUUGAUAUGGAGGAUGAGGCCAUUCGUCUUGAUAAGAGAGAUGAAACGGACCUCCGGGGAGUGUGCGAGCAUCCUUUGAGUGACAUCAGCAUUGCAGGUGAAGCUGUCCAUCCUUUGCCAUCUACUUUUCAUACACUUCUGCAAACAAUCGCAGAUCUCAUGCUGCUGUUGCCGAUGGGUUCAGCAUUACAACAGAUGGCUGUGCGAUGCUGGGGACUGCGCUUUACUCCAGCGGAUCACAUGUUUUUGCACAGGAGCCAUGUGUUCAGCAAUAUCAGCAAAAUUCUUUCCCGUUCGGAAGAAGAACAAGAUGAACUGAGUAUGAGCAUGCAUGAGAGUCACCAGUCGACAUAUUCACAGAUUACAAGCUGUGUUGAAACAUUGAAGGACUUGACUCCUAAUAUAGAAAUCAAAGCAUCAAGUCGACAAGCAAUGGUUGGAAGCUUGACAGAUAGUUCAACUGAAACAUUUUGGGAAUCGGGUGAUGAAGACAGGAACAAAACAAAGACUAUAACAAUUAUCUGUGCACAGCAUACAUAUCCCAGAAUGAUAUAUAUUCACAUAGAUAACUGCCGUGAUUUAGCUAAUAAAGUGUCAUGUGUCACAUUCCAGUCAGGACCUAAUAUGGAUGAACUCUAUAAAUUACGCCAAGUGGAAGUUGAAAAUCGUUCAACAGGAUGGGUUAGUUGUCCUGUACUUGAUGGUUGCCACUCAGUAAUAAGGCUUGAAAUGAAAGGGCCUGAUAAUUCAUUAAGACUAAGGCAAAUAAGAGUCUUAGGUGAGGUGGAUGGAGAGUCUCUCAAAAUUAGUCGACAGCAUAGUGCCUCAACAAUCCAGCAAAGAAAUUGUGAAGCUGAGACCUUACGAGUAUUUAGAUUAAUUACAUCUCAGGUGUUUGGAAAACUCAUACUAGGUGAAGAAGUUGCAGUGAGAAAGGAGGGGGAGGAAAACAAUGACUUAAAGGAACAUAUGGUUGGAAUACUAUUUAGCCGCAGCAAACUGACCCACCUGCAGAGACAGGUAUGUGUGCAUAUAGUUCAAGCUAUUCGUAAAGAAGCAGUGCGAGUUCGUGAAGACUGGGAGACACUACUUUGCUCAGGCCAGCAGCAGCAUGCAAAUUCUGGAACAACAGGAGCAGCAGCUGCAAUGACAACAUCAACAACAGCAGCAGCAGCAACAACAACAACAGUGACAAGUGCUGGUACCUCCAGCAAUGCCAGUAAAGAAGGUGCAAGUAUCAACACAGAGGGAAGCACAAAACCGGCUGCUGAUACCUAUUGUUUUGAAAUGUUGUCAAUGGUACUGGCUCUGAGUGGUAGCAGUGUUGGCCGCAGCUACCUGGCACAUCAGUAUGGCCUUCUAAGAGACUUAUUGAGUCUGCUUCAUACAGGUUCUGCACGUGUUCAACGCCAAGUCACUUCACUACUGAGGCGUAUGCUACCUGAAGUGUCACCAGAUGUGUUGGGCAACAUCAUGGGAGUAAGGAAGCUGCCUCCAGCUGACUUCAGUAUUGUUUCUGUUGCAAGCAAAAGUCCUGGAGACAACGAACCACCAUUUGACAUUCACAGGAUUGGUAUACUGGAUGUAUUCCUGAGUUGUAUAGCAAAAGCACUGACUGUUCAAGUUAAGGUAAAAGGAAAAGAUUCUCUUGGAGGAAAAGGUUUGACUACUGUAACACUUGCAACAUCAAUACAUCCCCGAGACUUUGUUGGUGAUCGCUGGUGGCUGAGAGGUUGUAUUUCGAGAAAGCUGGCUGAAGUCAUCAUUCAACUAAUGAAGGACAUGGCUGCUGGCAAGUUGUCGGAAGCGUGGGCUGAUGUGACAAAAGGUGCAGUGGCAGAGAAUAUUCUAAAUUUGACAAAGCUGGAUGAGAAUCAGCGUGGCCCAACUGAAUGCCUACAUACUCCAACACUGUGGUUGGCGCUUGCUUCUUUGUGUGUUCUUGAUAGUGAUCAUGUUGAACGCCUUUCAUCUGGACAAUGGAGUGGUACAGCUGAUGGGCAGCCUCCACCACCAAGGCCUACAUGCAGCAAUCAUGAUGAUGGGGAAACUGGGGCAAUAAUACAGUGCAACAUUUGUGGAAAUCUGUGUGCUGAUUGUGACAGAUUCCUGCAUUUGCAUCGACGUACUCGUAUGCACCAGAGACAGGUAUGCAAGGAAGAAGAAGAAGCAAUAAAGGUGGACCUCCAUGAAGGAUGUGGACGCACUAAACUGUUCUGGGUUAUGGCACUGGCUGACUCCUGCACACUAAAGGCUAUGGUAGAAUUCCGUGAAGGAACACGUACGAAGCCAGCAGGUGUAACAUCUGGUGUAUGUCGUUUCUGUGGGGCUACUGGAAGUUCAGGCCUACUGGCAAUUGGAAAUAUCUGUGCAGAUCAAGAUUGUCAGGAACAUGCCAGGAAUGCUUGCAACAAGAUACAUCCCUGUGGUCAUAUGUGUGGUGGCAUUAAAGGAGAAACUAAAUGCCUUCCAUGCCUGCAUGGUUGUUCAUCUGAUCCCUCACUGAAGCAAGAUGCUGAUGACAUGUGUAUGAUAUGCUUUACAGAAGCCCUUUCUUGUGCUCCAGCAAUACAGCUGAAAUGUGGACAUGUGUUUCACCUUCACUGCUGCCGCUGUGUAUUAAUGAAGAGAUGGUCUGGUCCUAGAAUAACAUUUGCAUUCUCACAGUGUCCAAUAUGUAAGGCCAGCAUAGAACAUUCAGUCCUGGCUGAUUUGUUGGCACCUGUGAAGGACCUGUAUGAAGAUGUUCGCAGAAAAGCUCUUAUGAGAUUAGAGUAUGAGGGACUCCAUAAGGCAGAAGCAAUAACCAGUCCAGGAGCUCGAUUUCAUAAUGAUCCUGCUAGCUAUGCAAUGGAUAGAUAUGCAUAUUAUGUUUGCUACAAAUGCAAUAAGGCAUAUUAUGGAGGAGAAGCACGAUGCGAUGCAGAAGUGGGAGAGGAGUAUGACCCUACAGAGUUGGUCUGUGGUGCCUGCAGUGAUGUAUCUCGUGCCCAGAUGUGCCCAAAACAUGGGACAGAUUUUCUUGAGUACAAGUGCAGAUACUGUUGUUCAGUAGCUGUCUUCUUCUGCUUUGGAACUACUCAUUUCUGUAAUGCUUGCCAUGACGACUUUCAGCGUGUCACCAACAUUCCCCGUCUGGAACUCCCAUCAUGUCCUGCAGGUCCCAAGGCAAAACAGCUUGAGGGAGACGAGUGUCCACUCCAUGUGAAGCAUCCACCAACUGGUGAAGAAUUUGCUUUGGGAUGUGGGGUGUGUCGAAAUGCUCACACUUUCUAACAUAAUGUCUCAUUAUAAAUCAAGAAUCAUUUAUCUAAUGCAUUCUUGACUUAAAAAAAGAAACUGCUGUAAUAUUAAAUAUGCCAACACAUAUAUUAUCUUUGUAAAGUGUGUAAUUGAGAAAGCAGUACUUUUUAUUUUCAUAAGUAAUCACAUUGGGUCUCCAUAAAGUGUUAAUGUUUUUGAUAAGUACUGAAUAGUGCAAUACUUGCCUUGCUCACAGGUCAAAACUCAUACCACGAUGUAAGCACUGAGAAUAUGUUGAUUUUACUCACAGUGUAAAUAAAUGAACCAUGCAUUAGAAGAGGUUUACAGACACUGCAGAUAGCUGUUUGAAAAAUUUGAAGGAUAUGCAAAAUACAACAAAGCCG